GCAUGAAGGAGAAGAAACUGAACAGAGAUAGAUUACAAUAUUAUACAUCUAACCCUCUGCUUUAGGGGUCACAACAGCAAGCGUCACAGCUUCCAAAGUCCUCUGCUUGUGAGGACUGACUGCGUUUACAGACAGACUGACUCUCUCCGGCUGUGACUCUCCCAGUGUACAUUGUGUACCACAAUGGCCGCCGCGACAGCAGCAACCACACUGCUCAAUGGUUAAUUUCAAGGUCGAGGACAACAGUAUCCUGUGAUCUGAAUAACCUAAAGAGUGAACACGAAUUAAGGCAGCCCGUGGACUUUGAUUUUGCUCUUCAGACUCUGUUUUGGGAAAAUGUAGAAACAGAUUUUUUUGUCCUCGCCAAGGCUGUGUGUUCGCGAAGGCCCAUGUUAAUAUUAUUGUGACUCACAGACGCCUUGUUUAUUUCCCUUUCAGGCGGGCAAAAAAAAAUUGCAGUCACUAAUUGACUGACUCAGUGUAUUUUGUAAUCAAAAGAUUUAUUUUACUUUUUUCUGUUUUUAAAAUCAGAAAAGUGGUGAAUACCGGAUGACGGCAAAUAUGUGACUUUAAUUACUGAAUCUAUAUUGGUGUGACCAAAUAAUGAGUCUGAACGGAUGAGAAUGUAAUGUGUUUCUGUUUUUGUGUGCUUAUUUAUUUUGUAGCCACUCGUUUACUCUCUCCUUUUAAUGCCACGGAUAACCAAGUCCAUUAUAACAGGCAGGCUGUUGGGAUUCCGUGUUCAGUCUGGGCUGACCUCAAAACGAGCUUUUAUCGUCUUUCUUGUAUAGCCUGAAGAAUGAGGGCUAUGAGUAUUUAUAUUUUGCGUAUCUUUCAAUUCCCAAGUCCAUGCUGUCCUUUUUGAUUUUGGAGACUAUCAGUCGAGUAUUGAUAAUGCAGGCCAAACCAGAGAGAUAAGCUUGUCUACUGGAUCCGUGUGGAGUUGCACUGAGGUACACGCCCAACACAUUCACACAGGUAUAUAUGCAGCGGGCCUCUUCGGUCUCAUAUUGAUACGCAUAACAGAAUAUUUUUCUCAUGACUCGUGAUCCUUUGGUACUUGCAGUCUAAAGAAGAUUUAAAAAAAAAAAAAGCUACAUUUCCAAGUUUGCUGUCAGGGCAAGGCUGGUCAGGGUCAUCGCAUUGAAUCAAUUGCUUGGUAUGCCCAAACUAUUGUGUAUUAUACUAUAUUUCCAAAUAAAAAACAAAUGAAAAGA